AUGGAGAUGGCGCGUUCCUGUGGCUCCCAGCUCUCUAGCUGCCUCAUCACUCUCAUCUUCCUCCAGCUGCCUGUGCCCGCGUCAGGGGAUGCCGGCAAGUUCCACCUGGCCCCGCUGGGGGGCACAGCCGAGCUGCUCUGCCCGAUCUCGCUCUGGCCUGUGACCGAGCCCAGGGAGGUGAGGUGGCUGCGGUCCCCACACCCGCAGCGCUCCCAGGUCGUUCACGUGUUCCGGGAUAAGAAGGACUGGGAUGAAGAGCUGAUGCCGGAAUAUAAGGGGAGGACGGCGCUGGUGAGAGACCCCCAAGAGGGAAGUGUCACUCUGCAGAUCCGCGACGUGCGCCUCGAGGACCGAGGGCCCUACCGAUGUCUGAUCCAGAUCGGAAACCUGAGCAGGGAGGACACUGUGACCCUGCAGGUUGCAGCCCCGUCUCCAGGGAGGAUCUCCUCCUUAGCAGUGGCUCUUGCUGUGAUCCUUUGUGUCCUGGGGCUCCUCAUCAUGGUGUGCCUUUGGCUUAUCUGGAAGCAAAGAAGAUCAAAAGAGAAGCUUCUCUAUGAACAGGUGAUGGAGGUAGAAAACCUUCUCUCGGACCAUGCAAGAGAAAAAGGAAGACUCCAUAAAGCCCUCAAGAAACUCCGGAGUGAACUGAAGUUGAAAAGAGCUGCAGCAAACUCAGGCUGGAGAAGAGCCCGGCUGCAUUUUGUGGUGGUGACCCUGGACCCGGACACGGCACAUCCCAAACUCAUCCUGUCUGAGGACCGGAAAUGUGUGAGGCUCGGAGACAGAAGGCAGCCUGUGCCUGACAACCCCGAGAGAUUUGAUUUCGUCGUCAGUGUCCUGGGCGCAGAGUACUUCACGGCUGGCUGUCACUACUGGGAGGUGUAUGUGGGAGACAAGACCAAAUGGAUCCUUGGGGUGUGCAGUGAGUCAGUGAGCAGGAAGGGGAAGGUCACUGCCUCGCCCGCCAACGGACACUGGCUUGUGCGACAGAGUGGCAGGAAUAAGUAUGAAGCUCUCACGUCCCCGCAGAUCUCCUUUCGCCUUAAAGAGCCUCCUCAGUGUGUUGGGGUUUUCCUGGACUAUGAAGCAGGAGUCGUCUCUUUCUACAAUGUGACUGACAAAUCCCACGUCUUUACUUUCACUGACAGUUUCUCUGGCCCCCUUCGCCCUUUCUUUGAACCUUGUCUUCAUGAUGGAGGGAAAAACACAGCGCCUCUAGUCAUUUGUUCAGAACUACAGAAAUCCGAGGAAUUGGUUGUCCCCAAGCCAGAAGGAAAACACCACGCUAAUGGAGAUGUGUCCCUGAAGGUGAAUCCUUCCUUACUACCCGCUCAGGACCCAGAGCUUUUCUCACUCAGGGAUAUGACCCUGUCCUUGCCCUCUGAUCUUGGCCCAGCCCUUCAGGGGCUCAAGGUUCCUUCUUUUUAG